AUGAACCUAAAAGCCUGGCAGGUAGUAUAUAGUGAAUUUUAUUUGAAAAUUACAAAGGAAAAGGAGACUAAAGGAAGACAAGAGGAGGAUGGAUCAUCAAAAGUGGUGGUGGAAACAACGGAGCAUCAUCGUUCGUCAGCGGGGAAAGCUUCAGAGCAAAAAAAUAUAGAAGUGGUUCAUCAAUUUCACCCCAAAACUAGCGGUGGUGUUCUUGUCGGAGCUGCAGCCGCGGUCGAAUCCACCCUUGAAUCUGCCAAAGAAGUCAUCUCUCAAAACCUUAAAAAAUAAAAACAUCGGAUUACUAAUUUCUAGUACUUUACAGUUGUAAAUUUUUAAAAAUCUUCUGUAUUCCCAUAAUCAAAACCCCUAAUAUUAU